AUGGCUUCGCAUAUGUUGAAGAAAAAAGUUCGAUUUAGGCAACAUUCGGUGUCCGGCAGCGAAAUUCUAGCAAUGGAGAGUAUCUCAACAAAACAUUCUGUCUGGUUCACUGGCCAAGCACGCCGGCAGCUCAAUGGUGAGAUUUUUCUAAGCAUAAAUUGCAAUCUAAAGUACAUUACUACAUGUUCUGUACUGAUAUUCAUAAUACCUGUAUUAGUUAUAUUCUAUUGCUACUAUCAGGUAUUCUGUAAGCUACGGGAGGCAGCAAAGGUGAGAAAUGCCGAUUUGUGA